AUGACUAUCAACAUUCGCAUAUUCGAAACGGGCAACAUCCGCGUUCGUCCAAGUCAGAUGACACAACCUCCCGGAAAUGUACUUCUGCGCCGAUUCCGCUUCCUCACCGACCGAAAAUUCACUGAGCCAAUUCCAAUAUUCGCAUUCCUCAUUGAGCAUCCCGAGGGAAAUUUCAUGUUUGAUCUGGGCGAAACACCACGCUGCGUUCAACCAGGAUACUAUGACUGGUGGCAAGUUGGACAUCAUUGUGUUUCUAUGAAUAUCAAGCCAAAUCAAGGACUCGGAGAACAGUUGAAAACCAUAGGAAUCGAUCCAAAAAACGACAUCAAAGCAGUCAUAAUAUCACAUUUGCACAGCGAUCAUGCUGGAGGACUUCCCGACGUGUAUGGAAAACCAGAAAUUUAUACCAGCGAGGCUCACUGGAAUGCAUUUAAGAGUCCUUUCUACGCCACAUUGGAGGGAGCAAACCCCAAGGCUUGGCCAGAGGACUUUCAGCCUCGGUUUCUAAAGCCAGAUGGCCCCGCGAUUGGGCCAUGGACCAAGAGCUAUCCAAUCACUUCCGACGGGAAGAUUGUUGCAGUUGAUACACCGGGUCAUGUUCCAGGCCAUCUAUCUGUCAUCAUCUUUGAUGAGGACAUAACUUUCCUUUUGGUAGGUGAUGCUGCCUACAGUUUGGAUCUAUUAGACAAAGAGUUAAUAGAUGGGAUCAACACUGAGCCAUUGGUUGCUUUGGAAUCGCAGAGGAAAAUCAAGGAGUUCUGCCGGGGUCGGGAUGUGGUCGUGUUACCAUCGCAUGAGUACGACUCUGUACGGAGGCUGGAAGCAAAGGAAGUGUAUCAACCAAAGUAG